UCGCUACCACUGCCAUCGUCAUGGCGAGACAUCUUCGCUUCGUUGCCCGGACAGUGAUGGUCCAAGACGGCAACGUGGAUGGAGCGUACAAACAUCUCAACAGGAUCCUGACCCAAGAUGGGAUCAUUGAGACAGUGAAGCGCAAGCGCUACUUCGAGAAGCCCUGCAGAGAGCGUCAGCGGAAGAACUAUGAGAACUGUAAGCGUAUCUACGACACUGAAAUGGCCCGGAAAAUUGGUUUCAUCUCCAGGACAAACAGGACGGAUCCUUGGCUCGGCUCUUAGUGAAAUGGCGAGUCAUAAGGGGAUGUUCACAGUGGAAUGGUUGAAAUGGAGUCUGCAAGGUGGAAAAAAAGGAAACUCGGCCCAGUAUUAGUGUCACCAAAUGGAGAGAUGGAAAGAAUGGGAUACAUUUUCUCACAAGGAAUGUUGUAGUCCCACAUUAUUUUGUUUUGGCACAAACGUUUGUAUGAAAAAAUACUGUGGUUGUCCUUGGAAAUUAUAUUUUUCCUCCUUAUGAAAACGGUUGAAUCCAUUAUGUAUUUAAAACAUUUGUUGAAGUAAAAAAUGGAUUUCUUUAUUAUUA